CCUGCUUUCCCCUUCCUUUCCUUUUGAAGACCUGCUUCCAUCCAUGAACUGUUCCUUGGUCUGUCUGUCUGCCCAUGUUCUCCGCUUGCCACCAUUUGCAUGUGUACAGCAUACUGUUUUUCUUCCAGUUUGUAAACUGAGUCUCCCCUUUGCCUUGUUUUGGGGAGGUCGUUUUUCGUCAUUUGGAGUUAGUCGUCACCUUUCCCCCUCCCAUAUGCUUUUCUCUGUUUGAGAUCUUUUGACCUUUGGUUUCACGUGGGAGGGGGAAGGGUAAUCCUUUAGAUUUUCUGUUUCCCUGCUUCCCUUUUGCACUCUUCUCUCCAUUGUUCUCCUCAUCCCAUUUCUUGUCUGUUCUGCCGCUGUGUGGGCCUGGGCUAUGCGGCAGGGCAGAUCUCCCAUCAGAGCUCCAACAUGCCCGCAGAGUCUGGAAAGAGAUUCAAACCCAGCAAGUAUGUCCCGGUCUCAGCAGCCGCCGUCUUCUUAGUAGGAGCUACAACACUCUUCUUUGCCUUUACAUGUCCAGGACUCAGCCUGUCUGUGUCACCUGCAGUGCCCAUCUACAAUGCGAUUGUUUUUCUCUUCGUGCUGGCCAACUUCAGCAUGGCCACCUUCAUGGACCCAGGCAUUUUCCCUCGAGCUGAGGAGGAUGAGGACAAGGAAGAUGACUUCCGAGCUCCUCUUUACAAAACAGUGGAGAUCAAGGGCAUCCAGGUGCGCAUGAAAUGGUGUGCCACCUGCCGUUUCUACCGCCCUCCUCGAUGUUCCCACUGCAGUGUCUGUGACAAUUGUGUGGAGGAAUUUGAUCACCACUGCCCUUGGGUUAACAACUGUAUCGGACGCCGGAACUACCGCUAUUUCUUCCUCUUUCUCCUUUCCCUGACUGCCCACAUUAUGGGUGUGUUUGGCUUUGGCCUCCUCUAUGUCCUCUACCAUAAGGAGGAACUCUCAGGGGUCCGCACGGCUGUCACAAUGGCAGUGAUGUGUGUGGCUGGCUUAUUCUUCAUCCCUGUAGCUGGCCUCACGGGAUUUCACGUGGUGCUGGUGGCUAGGGGACGUACAACCAAUGAGCAGGUUACGGGUAAAUUCCGGGGAGGUGUGAACCCUUUCACCAACGGCUGCUGUAACAAUGUCAGCCGCGUACUCUGCAGCUCCCCAGCACCCAGGUAUUUGGGGAGGCCAAAGAAAGAGAAAACAAUUGUCAUCCGACCUCCCUUCCUUCGACCGGAAGUCUCCGAUGGACAAAUCCCUGUGAAGAUCAUGGACAAUGGCAUCCAGGGAGAGCUGAGGAGAACUAAGUCUAAGGGAAGCUUGGAGAUAACAGAGAGCCAGUCCGCAGAUGCUGAACCUCCACCUCCUCCUAAGCCAGACCUAAGCCGCUACACGGGGCUACGAACACACCUCAGUCUGACUGCUACUGAAGAUAGCAGCCUCCUGAGCAAGGACAGCCCUCCUACGCCUACCAUGUACAAGUAUCGGCCGGGUUACAGUAGCAGCAGUACGUCCGCUGCCAUGCCUCAUUCUUCCAGCGCUAAGUUGAGUCGUGGGGACAGUUUGAAGGAGCCAACGUCAAUUGCAGAGAGCAGCCGCCAUCCCAGCUACCGCUCAGAGCCUAGUUUGGAGCCAGAGAGCUUCCGCUCGCCCACCUUUGGCAAAAGCUUUCACUUUGACCCACUGUCGAGUGGCUCACGCUCCUCCAGCCUCAAGUCAGCCCAAGGCACAGGGUUUGAGCUGGGCCAGUUGCAAUCCAUUCGCUCAGAGGGUACGACCUCCACCUCUUAUAAGAGCCUGGCCAACCAGACCCGCAAUGGAAGCUUAUCUUACGACAGUCUACUCACGCCUUCAGACAGCCCUGAUUUUGAGUCAGUGCAGGCUGGGCCUGACCCGGAGCCACCUUUAGGCUACACCUCUCCCUUCCUGUCAGCCCGGCUGGCCCAGCAACGGGAAGCCGACAGGCACCCACGUUUGGUGCCAACCGGUCCAUCACACCGAGAGCCCUCACCAGUCCGGUACGACAAUCUGUCACGCCAUAUUGUGGCCUCCCUCCAGGAACGAGAGAAGCUGCUACGCCAGUCACCCCCACUCCCAGGCCGGGAGGAAGAACCAGGCUUGGGGGACUCAGGCAUUCAGUCAACCCCAGGCUCAGGCCAUGCUCCUCGUACUAGCUCCUCCUCGGAUGAUUCAAAGCGAUCACCCUUGGGCAAAACUCCACUGGGACGCCCGACUGCCCCUCGUUUUGGCAAGCCUGAUGGGCUAAGGAGCCGGGGACUAGGGUCCCCUGAACCAGGCCCACCUGCCUCCUACUUGGGCCGAUCUAUAUCUUACAGCAGCGCCAAAGCGCCCCCUGGUGUUGCUGAGACAGAAGAAGUGGCCUUGCAGCCAUUACUCACAGCCAAAGAUGAAGUACAGCUCAAGACCGCCUACAGCAAGUCCAAUGGGCAGCCCAAAAGUCUAGGCUCAGCCUCCCCUGGCCCCGGCCAGCCACCUCUCAGUAGUCCCACAAGAGGAGGAGUUAAGAAGGUGUCAGGGGUGGGGGGUACCACUUAUGAAAUAUCGGUGUGAGCCUCGGCGCGCCCUUUCCCCAAUGCCUCCGCGCCUGCACCAAAGGGCCCCAGGUGGCCACCUUCCUUCCUUCCAGGGGCUCCUCUCCCCCUCAUGGACAGAUUCCAAGAGGAUGAAGAGCUCUCCCAAAAUGCCAUGGAGUUGGGGAGUUGAAGAAUUGGGACCUGGGAUAGCGGACCCCCUUCCACCUUUAAGUCCUGUCCUUCCUUGGCCCCUGGACCAGACUCAGUGGACAUCUGUGCAAUUGCUCGCCCUGGAGGGAACCAGAUCAUUUUUAAACCAGAAAUAAUUUUUUUUAUUAUUGUUA